CGGCCACCCCCGUCCCCAGGCGGCCUGCAGCACUCAGUGUGUAUACGCGCCGUGUCGGAGAGCGUCGCCGGGCACCCCGAGCUCCCCGAGCUCGCCGAGCAACCCGAGAGAUACUUCCGCGCCUCCACGAGCACGCCGCCGUGCGCCUGUUCCUCCGCGACUGAUCAGUUUCCCCCGCCCAAGCCGUCAACAUGGAGUCCUGCGGCAUGAACGCCAUCAAGUACAUCCUCUUCGUCUUCAACCUCAUAUUCGCGCUGUCAGGCGUGGGCAUCAUCGCGGCCGGCGCCGUGGUCCUGGGGCAGUUCGGCGGCUCGCAGCGCUUCCUGGAGGACCGCAUCCUGGCGCCGCCCAUCGUGCUCAUCGUGGCCGGGGCCAUCGUGUUCCUCGUCGCCUUCCUGGGUUGCUGCGGCGCCAUCAAGGAGAACUACCUCAUGCUCAUCGCGGUGAGUAUCGCCGGCAUCAUCCUGGCCUGCUGCCUGGCCUCGUCCAUCAAGAAGCGUGACGACGACUCCAAGUGA